AUGGCUUACUCAAAGAAUCAGUUCAUCCCUACCAUUGCUCUAUGUGCCAUACUUGUGAUGGCCAGCCUGGAUUUCACAGGUGCCCAGACAGGCGUCUGCUACGGAAGGCUCGGCAACAACUUGCCCAACCCAUCGGAAGUCGUGGCUCUACUGAACCAAAACAACAUCCGGCGAGUGAGAAUUUAUGACCCGCAUGGCCCCACACUGCAGGCCUUAAGCGGGACCAACAUCGAGGUCAUCCUCGGUGUCCCCAAUACCGACCUCCAGAACGUGGCUGCCAGCCAGGCGAAUGCCGACACGUGGGUCCGCAACAAUGUUCGGAACUAUCCCAACGUCCGGUUCAGGUACAUUGCGGUUGGGAACGAGGUGAGCCCCGUAAGAGGCGACACAUCCCAAUUCGUCUCCUUCGUCCUCCCCGCCCUCCGAAACAUCCAAAACGCGGUCAACUCGGCUGGUCUCGGAGGCCGCGUCCGCGUCUCGACCGUGGUCGAGACGGGCCUCAUCGGGGUGAGCUACCCGCCCGCCGACGGCGCUUUCCGGCCCGACGUCGCCUCAUACAUCAACCCGAUUAUCCGCCACCUCGUCGACAACCGGGCCCCGCUCCUCGCCAACAUCUACCCUUACUUCUCGUACAUCGGGAACCGAGCGCAGAUCGACCUCCGCUACGCGCUCUUCACGUCCCCCGACGGUGUCGUGGCCGGUGGGGUCCGGUACCAAAACCUAUUCUACGCCAUACUGGACUCGCUCUACGCGGCGCUCGAGAGGAGCGGCGGCUCGUCGUUGGAGGUCGUGGUGGCGGAGAGCGGGUGGCCAUCGGCCGGAGGGGACACGACCACCGUCGAAUACGCGAGGACUUACAACACGAACUUGGUGCAGCGCGUGAGGAACGGGACGCCGAGGAGGCCCGGGCGGGCGAUCGAGACGUACAUUUUCGCGCUGUUCGACGAGAACCAAAAGAACCCGGAGUACGAGAGGCAUUUCGGGGUGUUCCUGCCCAACAGGCAGCCAAAGUAUCAAAUCAGCUUUGCCUAA